AUGAAAUUAUUAAAAGCUAUAGAUUUAUAUGGUAAGGUUCCGAAAGGAUUGGCUGAGCCUACAAGUUCUGGAGCUGUUGUUUCCGUUCUUACUUUGAUUUUCCUAGGAUUAAUGGUCAUGAGUGAAGUGAUUGAGUAUAUUACCAUAGAUGUGCAAUCAGAAAUCAUCGUGGAUCAACAAUUAUCAAAGGAUAGAGUUCAAGUGAGUUUCGACAUCAAGUUCGUAAGGGCACCAUGCGACUUUUUAGAAAUUGAUCAAUAGGAUGCAAUGGGAUAGAGUUUAUCAUAAUAAUUCAUGGAAUUUAAAUACUAUAGAAUGGAUUCAAGUGAAAGGAGAAUUGGAGAAUAUAUCAGAAAUUAGAAUAAUUGGAUUGUGAUUGAGGAUGCUAGAACAGCAGUGGCUGAAAAGUAAGGCUGUGAAGUGGUUGGAAGUCUCAAGAUUAACAGAGUUAAAGGAAAAAUAUCAUUUGGACCUCAUCGAUCUCAUACUUAUAUAGGUGCAGUGGGCAAUCUACAUCUUCCAUUAGACUAUUCUCACAAAUUUGUAUCAUUUACUUUUGGAGAUGAAAAUGCUCUCAAGAAAGUCAAGAGCAUGUUCAAGCAAGGCUAAUUGGAGAGUUUGGCUGGCAGUCAAAGAAUUAAGAAAUAUGAAUUGGCUAGUUAAUCAAUGUAACAUGAGCACUUCAUCCAUAUCAUUCCAACUCAUUAUACCUUGUUGAAUAAAUAAACUUAUUCAGUUUACUAGUAUACAGCCAAUCAUAAUGAAGUGAGAUCCCACAAUUACGCCAAUGUUCAAUUAAGAUAUGACUUUGCACCUACAACUGUCACAUAUUGGUAAACCAAAGAAGACAUUCUGCAUUUCUUAGUCUAGAUAUGUGCAGUUAUUGGAGGCAUAUUCACAGUAUCAAGCAUGAUUGAGGCUAGUGUAUAUAAAGUAAUGAGAAGUGUGUUAAAAGUUGAAUGAAAUUUUUUAUAGAUUCAAUUCAAUAGCAUUAAUAUAAAUUGUUAUUCA